ACGCGAUAAACUUCAAACUGAAUCCGUGGACAAUUUCGUGGCUGAGUUGAAAACCUUGGCAAAGACCUGCAAUCUCUGUGAGUGCCUUCGCGAUAGUUUAAUUCAUGACCGCAUUGUCCUGGGAAUUAAGAAUGAACAAACAACGAAGAAGCUACUAAGAACAAGAGAUCUCACCUUAAACAAAUGCAUAGACAUAUGUCGAAGCGAGGAAGUUACGGACAUGCAGGUGAAGUCUCUUGCAGAGCCCGAAAAUAUAAAUCAACUCCAGUCGAAAGCAAAGAUUAAGCCAAGAGUUUUCGAAGGAAAGAAAAGGUUACAAUCUGGCAAGAAAGUUUCAUGUAAAUUUUGUGGCUACGAACACGCGCCAGACAAAAAGAAAUGCCCGGCAUGGGGAAAAACUUGUAAUCGAUGCAAAGAAAGAAACCAUUUUGCUAAGAAAUGCAAGAAAACCUCAGUUUACAGUAUCGAGAGCGAAGACGAGUAA